AUGCUGACCAAGCUGCUGAAAACGGCAGCUGCGAUGUUGGAUAAAGACAAACAGGAAAAGAAGCAGGAGAGAGAAGCUACUCUGAGUGAGAGACUCCCUCCACUUCAGCUGUCUGGUUUGUCCAUACAGGACCUUCAGGCUCUGUGUAAAGACUUGCACCAUAAGAUUGACGUGGUAGAUGAAGAGCGCUACGACAUUGAAGUCAAGGUGAACAAGAACAACACAGAGAUUGAAAAUCUGUCUCAGAAGAUCUUUGAGCUGAAGGGUAAGAUGAAGCGACCUGCUCUCAAGAGGGUGAAGAUCUCAGCUGACGCCAUGCUUGGAGCUCUGCUGGGUGCUAGGGUCAAAGAGUCCGUGGACUUCAAGGCCAACCUGAAGACUGUGAAGAAAGAGGAGGAGAAGAAAGAGGAAGUGACUGACUGGCGUAAGAACGUGGAGGCAAUGUCUGGUAUGGAGGGCAGGAAGAAGCUGUUUGAUGCCGGACAGUAGAUGAAUAUUUCUGGAUAUUUUAAGUACAAAUGCUGUCUUGCAGGGUUUUAGAAGUAGAGAGGAAAACAGCAUUAACGGUACUUCGCACAAUUAGCUAGCACACUGCGCAUGUUUGAGUGUGAGUGGGUGUAUGUACCUCACAUGCAACAAACAAAGACAAGUUCAGAUUUAAAGGAAUGUGAUUGUAUAUUUUGCAAAGACAUUAGAUGCACUUUGUGGUGGUUUUUUGGUGUCAGGACUUGCAAAAGUGUCUAUAACUUUAUCACAGAAAGAACAAAGGAAAAUUGCUGUAUUUCUUGAUCUUGAAAUGUGUG